AUGCCGGCCGCCAAGGAGGACACCUGGGCUUUCCAGCCGAUCGGAUCGCCGUUCCCCGACAACCCCGUCAAGGUCAAGGGCGAGCAGAACAUGUACGUGGCGUUGUGGUACAAGCACGGCAAGCCGAUCCACGGCCGCUCGUGGAACAACGGAGGCGUCGUCGAGUGCUCGUUCGCCUACAAGGACGCGGAGUUGACCGGCGCCAAGGAUCUGGGCGGUCAGAUCCAGGUGCUCCAGUACAAGGGCGACCACACGACGCUCGGCUACUGGUACAGCUGGGUGAAGUACAGCAGCCGCUUCGACAAGAACGACGCCGAGCUGCUCAAGUGCGGCGACUCGAUCCCCAUCUACUGGCCGAACUCGCCGGACGGUGGCCUGCUCGGCUACAUCGACAACAAGACCGAGAUCGGAUGGUUCUCCAUCAACAAGAAGGUCAUCAAGAAGGUCGGCGGUGAGCUGAACGACAUGCUGGUCAUCUUCCGCGAGCUGAAGGGCGCCCCGCCCGGCUGCGAGUGCAAGGCGUGCGCCAAGGAGCCGCCGAAGCCGAUGCCGCCCACCAUCCGCGUCAUGCUCAACGAGUGGGCCGAUCUGCGUGCCGGGGACCCGUGGCCGGCCAAGGCGCCGGUUAAGGCCCUCGGCAAGUCGCUGGACACGCUGCCCGGCGAGAACCCCGACCAGUACGUGGCGCUGUGGUACCAGCAGGGCGAGCCGGUCAUGGGCCGCGUCUGGAACGAGGGCGGCAAGAUUGCGGCCAACUUCUCGUGGGGCGGCAACGAGUACAAGAACAACAUCGGAUCCCUGCAGAUCCUGUACGAGUUGUCGGAGCACGUGCGCGGUUUCGACUACGGCUGGAUCCCGUACCCGGAGGCGGCCAAGUUCGGCGACAAGGAGUGGCACCCGGUGCACGUCAACCACUACAAGGGCGACAUCUCGCCUGGUGUGAUCACCGUCGGCGGCAAGCAGAUCCUCGGCAAGGUCGACAUCAAGAACGAGCGCUGCUCAUACGGCCAGGGCGGCAAGGAACAGCUGAUCCAGGGCCCCGCCGUGCACACGACCAUCGUGCUGUGCCGCAAGUGCAAGCCCGGCUGCAAGUUCGAC